UGCGGUGGUUGGCUCCGGAGGCGGGGCUGCCGGCGCAGAACUGGCGGAAGCUGCGCUCGCGGCGGCCCCCGGUGAGUCCGCCCGCCGGCCCUGGGCUACCGACUCCUGGCCCGGUCGCCCGUCCUGCUUCCCAGGUCCCGGCCGUCGCAGGCACCAUGUCCGGCUACCCCAAAAGCUACAAUCCUUUCGACGACGACGUGGAGGACGAGGACACCCGGUCGCCGCCGUGGAAGGACGCCCGCGACCCUCCCGACGGGCCCGACGCGCCCAUGGACCGUCAGCAGUACCUGCGACAGGAGGUGCUGCGCAGGGCCGAGGCCACGGCCGCCAGCAGCAGCAGGUCCUUGUCCCUCAUGUAUGAAUCGGAGAAGGUCGGAGUCGCCUCUUGCGAGGAGCUGGUCCGGCAGCGAGGAGUCCUAGAACACACUGAGAAGAUGGUGGACAAGAUGGAUCAGGAUUUGAAGAUAAGCCAGAAACAUAUCAACAGCAUUAAGAGUAUGUUUGGAGGAUUUAUCAACUACUUCAAAUCCAAACCAGUAGAGACUCCACCUGAACAGAAUGGCAGCAUCCCCCCGCAGCCCAGCAGCAGAUUGAAAGAAGCCAUAAAUACAAGUAAGGAUCAGGAAAGCAAGUACCAAGCCAGCCACCCAAACCUCAGAAGGCUGCAUGAUGAAGACCCGAUCCCCAAAGGGCCUGCUUCUGCUGAGACGACCGAGGUUUACCCCAAGAACGCGAGCCUCCGAGCCUAUCACCAGAAGAUUGACAGCAACUUAGAUGAGCUCUCCAUGGGAUUGGGCCGACUCAAGGACAUCGCCUUAGGAAUGCAGACGGAAAUUGAGGAGCAGGACGACAUUCUUGACCGGCUAACAACCAAAGUGGACAAGUUAGAUAUCAAUAUAAAAAGCACAGAAAAGAAAGUUCGGCAACUAUAAAGAAACUGAAAAGGAAUUCUCCUCCGUGGUGAUGAAAAGAUUCAAAAGCCUCUUUUAAACUCCUAAGAAAUGUCAUUGAUUACACAGUAUGUAAUUAACAUGUGUGUUCAGAUGUGGGUCUUAAGAAAUUUUAGUUUCAAUGGGAAAAAAUGUGUGUGUUCCACAGUUUGGUAAGAUCGGCAUGGCUACACUCUGUGAGCUGCUCUGAGUCGUAAUGUAAACAUGGCAGACCAGUUGUGAGCGCCUUGAGCCUUCGAUUACUGUGCCGACAGAGAAGAGAACAUGGCAUUUUUUUCUUUCCAGUGUCUGCAAAGCUGUGGGCAGGAUCGUAACGGCUGCCUCUGCUUACUCAUUUGCUGAGUCUCUCACUCCAAGGCCUUACUGUGAAUUCAGAUGUGAAGGGACCCUGGGUUUGUGACAGAAGGAAGGCUCCUCCCACAUGUUCAUGUCAGUCAUUGUUGACACUCCUGCACACACACUGAGUACAAAGGACCCAUGAGAUCCAGAAGUGGGAUGUGUUGCCUUCGUUACUCCGCCUGUCCAUCCAUCCCGUGUCCGUCCCCCGUCGUCGUCAACCCCCACCCACCCGUCCCCAUCCCUCCCCGGCUCCCCGUCUUCUCUUCUUUUCCUUAUUUCAGUAGACGGAUUCAGACCAGGACUGUUGGACACGACACCUGCGAGUGUGCGGAAACCGAUGAGCCCUCCUUCCCCACCUACUUACUGUCGUCUCAUACUUUCUGCUGGGGACAGCUUUUCUCCACUGGCUCAAGGCCAACCAGUUGGCCCCUGUGGAGUUUGUGGGCCUGGAGUAUCACACAAACACGAACCUCUCCACUGAGGCCUCUGCCUGGGGAAUAGUACCAAGGCAGUGUUUAUUUGGUGCCUGGGGUCCCCUCAUCCACCUGGGACCCCACCCAUUCUCUGUGUUACCACAAAGUGCCCACCUGGUUUGAGGAGUAAGAUCCCCAAAUGAUGCUGAUCUUCUAUGAGACGACUUGACCAAGAAGAAGCCCAGGUACCAUUUUAGCUAGCUAGUUCAUUCCCUUCUUCUUCCAAAAGAAAAUAUCUAGACGCAUUAAUUAAAGUUGAUUCUAUAACAAUUUUUCCUUGUGUUGGUACUUCCAAUAAAAUCAUUGACGCCAUAGAGCACUUGACUAUCUUAAAAUCAAAUUCACAUAUUUUGAAGAUGGUAAAGGGGACUGUUUUUUACUGGUAAGGUAAAAACUAAAAUGCCAGUGCCUUUUUGCCUUGAAACAUGGCUCAUGUGCCAUUUUGGGAUCCUUUCUUUAGCAUCUGGAGUCUAUAGAUCAUAAGCAAAGCGUGCAUGGAGCUGUGGUCAUGGCUCAGUGGUCGAGUCCCUGCCCUUCUCUCUGGGGGCCCUGGGUUGAUCUCCACCACUGGGGAGAGAAACUGAAAAUGGUAACAGCAUGACUACUGUUCCUGUAGCAACUUGUACACGCUCCUGUCACAAAAUACCCAACCUUCCGGGAAAUACAGCCACCAUAGGCAAAAAGGGGUGCCAAUGUCCAUCUGUCCCUAGAUCUGAAGAUCUGACUAUGGGGGACCUCUGAGCUCAAGGACAGCCAGGACUGUAUACCAAGACUCUGUCUCAAAACAAUAGAGAGACCAACCCAUCUGUUUUCAACUUUUCUAUAACUGUUGCUUUUUUAUCAGAAUCGGGCAUAGCCUUGUGGAAUUAAUCAUUACACCUCAGUCCUGAGAAGUUAACAUCUGAGAAUGCCUUCCAUUGGCAGCCGAGUGUCAGAUUCAGCUGACUUGAAGCAUACGAACAUUAUGCCCCUUCCUUUGUUUUGUUAAGUUAAUGAAGCCAAUCUCUCUCCUUUUCCAGUCUUUAACUCCAUGAUGUGAAACCUGUCUUCCUUCUGUUGUUUAGCAUCUGAACCGUCAGAGGGCCUCAGCCGUUUUGUUCUGUUCUUCAGACCUGGGCUGUGCUCUGCUGAAAUGGUCCCUGGGCUGGCCCAGACCUGCCGGUGCCAGUGCUGCCGUAGGAAGCAGGGUGGUUUUGGCAUCGCCGAAAGAAAAGAGCCUGAGGAAGGUCCACAGUCCUUACCACGUGAUAAUUGUGACCAGAUCUGCUGGCUGACACCUGCAGUCACAGCACAGCACUUAGGAGGCAGGAGGAUUGCCAUGAGCUUGAGGUUUACGAUGAGAUCUUUUUUCAAAAGAAUCAAUGGCUGUGGUGGGAAGAGGAAGAGAUCACUACACUCUGGCCUGGGAAGGGUAGUGGCGGGGGACUACCCGCCACUGGAGUGAGCAUCCCAUGUCGUAGAGCAGACCAGUGAGCACAUCCUGGACAUGAGGUCUGCAGACAGACGGAAACAAACUGCCUUCAGAAGGGGACUAAAAUAAGUGCAUUCUCCUCCCUUCUAACAUGUACUGACUUGUAACUUAGCAGCACUAGAGUGACCUCAGGAAUUGUUUUUCCUCAUUCUGUAGGAGAGGCCUGAGUUCAUUCACGUAAUAAGUAAAAAACGAUAGCAGUGCAUUUUAAUUUCCCUUUCUCCUCAUAAAUGUGUAAUUUUAAGUGUAUAAUGUGUCACUUUAGUAAAAAUUUUCUACUUUGCCUGAA